AAGUUUAAAUUUAAAACGUGGUGCUGUUACUAGUGUAAUCUCGUUCUGAUACGAUAUAUACCCCGCCGACCCUCUUUAUCUAUUACAUACCAAAGUUUAUCUACAAUACAUAAGACUCCAAUACAUACAUUGGACCUAACUAACCUACAUAGAAUAGAAGGUUCACGCUACUGUAUACCACCCUCGAUAGCCGCAAACUAGGGAUCGCUGCCUUGACCCAUCUUGGCGUCCUGCUGAAGAUCCGCCAUCCAUCCCGUCCGACCAUCAUCUACCUAUACACUAGUAAUAGUGUAGUGCAUGUAGGUUUGUUACUACCUCAACUACUACGCAGUUACGCAGCUACACAGCUACACAGCUACACAGCUACAUUACAUGUAUACCUCGUUACCUCCCUAUUUUAUGAGCCAAUAAGAAGCGUCUGCACGACAGAAACAUAAAAGCAACACGGGUUCAUCUUAUGUGAACCCCCAAUACUAGAGCGGUUAGGCUCGAAUUUCCAUCCAAAUGACUUGACCACCUCCAACAACGAUGCGCCCUACUAAUUCCCCACCCGUCUCUCCAUUCCUCGCUCCAGACCGUCCUCAGAUCGACCAAGAUGCCUUCUCAUCUUCUCAGCCUCAAAUUGCUGAAGUUGAUCUACCUGACCCUGACAGUCCUAUGAAUGACUACCAGUGGUCACCCCCAUACGUCCCGACAUCGACAUCUACUGCGCAUGCCAACUCUGCCAACUCCGACGGUGCCCAAGUCUUUGAAGAUAGUAAUGACGCCGGUAGUAGUAGCACCGACAAUAACCACGACAUGUUGGACAUCGAUAUCGAAGAAGGUGGCGCUCCCUUAAACAAUCUUAAUAACAUGGAAGACCCAGACGACCAAAGUCACGUCAUGGCGCCUGUCGAAUAUGCGCUCAUUAAUAACCAUCUCGGCAUCCCAAUACAGCCUUCGCCACCCAUUGAUACCGAUUUAGGUACCAUCCCACCCUCGCAGACGCUGCUGCCGCUCCCAGACGUUCAAGACCCUGCCGAAGAUGACAUCGAUGCCGCCGCGAACACUGGUCUUCAUCCUAUGGCCCUUAGUAAUGCGAAUCCCAUGUCGCUCGGGCCCGAGAACCCGCACGUUAUGCAGUUUCUUGAGCUCUGGGAGUGGCAGAGCAAUGCAGACAUGCAACUACGAGCAAACGGACCCGUGCCGUCCUUCCAACAAAUCAGUCGUCUGGCCCGGGAAUGCCCGCGCCGAGUAGAUUAUAACCAGUUGAGGGGUGAUCUAUACGACUUCCAAGGCAUCAGUUGGAGGGAUCUAGGAGUGACGAGGAAUAUGGCGCGAUGUCGUCGUAUGGCGACGUUUCAUAACUACGUGAACAGAGUGAAUUCUGAUGCGUUUCAUACUGAUUCGUCCGACAGGCUACUACGCCCUGUCGAGAAUUACUUUAGAUAUAAGAGCAUGGACAUUAGGCGCGAUGUGCGCCUGCUACAUUUUCAGCUUCGCAAUAUAUUAGGCGUCGCAUCGCGAACGAGGGCAUUCUAUCCGAGCUUUACUACGAUCAAGGAGCAUGACCCUACUACGGGACGGGACAAAGUAGCGAUGCGCUUCGACAGCCAAACCGGUGCUCAUAUAUCUACACUAACCGCUAGCGAGGAUAUACUGAUUGCUGGCGGUUUCUAUGGGACCUAUCGUUACCGUUACCUAAACUCCUCCAAAGACCUCGAGGCACACGAAGGACUAUUGACCAAUCAUAAUAGCGGUAUAACAAAUCACGUACAAAUACAUUCUUCUCGGCACUCAUCCACUCCGUUGGCUGCCUUUGCUUCCAACGACUUUGGUUUCCGGGUAGUGGACCUAUCUACGAAUAGUGUUAGGUCGGAAAUCAUGUAUGAGUCGGCGAUGAAUUGUUCUGCGCUAAGUCCAGAUAUGAGGCUUCGUGUUAUAGUUGGAGACGACCAAAACGUACUCAUCACCGACGCGGAGACGGGUGAGAUACUCCAAAGUCUCGAGGGUCAUAGAGACUUUGGCUUCGCUUGCGACUGGGCGCCGGAUGGUUGGACCGUCGCGACUGGAAACCAAGAUAGGAGUAUCAGAAUAUGGGAUGCCCGCAAAUGGAAGAAUAGCAAGGGCGAGAGUACUUCGGUUGCCGUGGUAAGAACCGAGAUGGCCGGCGCGCGUAGUUUACGGUUCUCCCCUCUGGGAUCUGGCAAGCGAAUUCUAGUUGCCGCCGAGGAAGCUGACUUCGUCAAUUUAAUUGACGCUCAAACAUUCAAUACCAGGCAGACAGUCGACAUAUUCGGCGAACUCGGCGGCGUCGGGUUUGCUAACGAGGGACAAGACCUAAUCGCGUUGUCAUGUGACCUUUCUCGAGGAGGCGUCUUGCGCUUGGAGCGGUGCGAUGCAGGGGCGGAAGAUAACUUCAGUUACGCACAUAGGAAAUACAGGGAACCCGGGAGUUGGUGGCGAACCCCGGGGUACGACUGGAUGCAAAGCCCGGAACAGAUCGUAGCAGCACCAGGCUCGCGGCAGAGUCUUACGCACAAACGGAGGCAUGCGGCCAUGUUGGAAGACUGGACGUUCUGAUGCGACGUAUAUAAGGGCGAGGGUGAGGACGAGGGAGGAUUGAAAGGAAGGCGUUAUCGGGAUAUCCAAGCAUUUAAACGGGCAGCAAGCGACGGGCAUCGGUUCAUUGCUUCCUCUUCUUCGUUCACUUUUUGUUUAUUCGUUCCCCGGGGGAAUACAUAUCGCUUGCUGUUGGUAGUCUGGGGGGAUUUGUUGCGUACAUUACUUACAUCACGAGGAGGGACAGCGUGGGAAGGAAGGGAGUCUAGCCUUCGGGAGACAGAACAGACGGAUUCUCAUUGGGAUACAUUUCGGGAGAAGGACACACAAGUGGACAUAGCCGGGCUUAUCAGUAUAUAAUCCUCAUGAACGCUUCGCCUGCCGCGAGUUCGCCUCUCACCUCGCUCAGUUUUUGUUUUUUUAUAAACGCACGCCGGAGCUUAGGUCUAUAGGGAGCGGACAGAUUUAAGGUGAAGCCUCUUGUACUGGUAACCACUUCUUCUUCUUCUUCUUCUUUUUUUUUUUUUAUGAUAUGGCACACAUCGCACGAUACUUGCGCGGCACGAGUAAUAUGCUUCACGAUGAAACUUAGAGAGACGUAUGGGUUUCGAGAGAAAGGUGGAGAGGUAAGAUAUAAGAGGCAAGAGGGAGAAGCAGAUCGAAGGAGGAUAUGAUAUCGUAAUUGUAUACAUACCACGUGUGCUCUUAUACUAGGAUCUAUCGCAAUUUACCACGCGUACAUAUCUA